CUUCUUCUUCUUCUUCUCUCACAUCGUUAUCAUCACUUUUCCUCCGCAGCGGGUCUGAACGAGUGUUUGUUUCGUCUGAGGGGAAAGCGAGGAGCGUUUCUUUUCUCACCGAUGACCUCGCUCUGAGUUGAACAUGCAGAGCUCCAAAGGUUUCCAGGUGGAGGACUUCAUCGCGGGAUGGAUCGGAGGAGCUUCCAGUGUGGUGGUCGGUCAUCCGCUGGACACCGUCAAGACGCGGCUGCAGGCGGGGACGGGCUACAGGAACAUGCUGCACUGCAUCCUCACCAUCUACAGGAAGGAAACGCUCACGGGGUUCUUUAAGGGCAUGUCCUUCCCGCUGGCCAGCAUCACCUUCUACAACUCGGCCGUGUUCGGCUUCUUCAGCAACACGCAGAGACUCAUCAGCAAGUUCCGCUACGGGGACGGGCGCCAUCCGUGCAGCAUGCUGGACCUGACCGCGGCCAGCAUGCUGACAGGCCUGAUGUCCGUGGGCAUCGGGGCGCCGGUGGAUCUGGUGAAGAUCCGGCUGCAGAUGCAGACGCAGACGGUUCUCGCAGAGAACUUGAAUCUCGCUGGAAACGUGUCGAGCGGCUCCAACAUCCCUCUGCGCUCGGUCAACCUCCCCAGCCAGACGCUGUACCGAGGGCCCCUCCACUGUGUGGGCAGCAUCCUGCAGAGCGAGGGCCUCCAGGGCCUGUACCGGGGGGCUGGGGCCAUGAUCCUGAGGGACGUCCCUGGAUACACACUCUACUUCAUUCCAUACACCAUCUUCUGCAACCUGUUGAAGCCGGAUGCUACGUCAAGUCCUCAUCCUUGUUCCAUCAUGCUCGCUGGAGGACUGGCAGGGUCCAUCUCCUGGGUCACGGCCACGCCGGCGGACGUGGUGAAGAGCCGCCUGCAGGCCGACCUGCAGAGGAAGUACAGGGGAAUCGUACACUGCAUCGUCCACAGCUACAGGACGGAGGGAAUACGGGUUUUCUUCUGUGGAGCGUCGGUCAACGCCAUCCGAGGCUUCCCGAUGAGCGCCACCAUGUUCCUGACCUACGAGCUCUCCCUGCAGUUCUUCAGGAGCCUCUAGGACAGAGGAACCUCAAUCCGCUCUCCAGAGCUGCAGGAACCUCCGCAGCUCUGAGACAAGACAUUGACAGCAGCUCACAUUCUGCUGCUCUGGGGUCUGGAGUUAAGUUUGAGCAGAUGUGAAGACUUUGAGGACUUUAGGGUGAAUUAAUGAAAGAGUGAGAUUCAGUCUCUUCUUGUCCCUCGACGACAGGUUCAUUGAUGCUGCGUCUUAUUUAGUCAAGAGGUUUUCAAAGUGGGAGGCGAUCGUCUGCAGCAGAGACUCUGAGUGAAAGUGAAAGAAAAUAUGAUAUGAGAUCUAAUAUUAGUUAUUAAAGACAGAAGAGUCUGAGUCGGGCAUUUAGUUAAACAGAGUCAGACACUAUUAAAAGACGUUUUAAUCUGUUGAGGUGAAUCUGAAGUCAAACAGCUGAAUUCUCUUAUUUCUAAUAAGUCAGGAUGAAGCUUUCAAACUUUGAAUAUUAACAUUUAUCUUCAGCAGCAAAUAUAAAACAUUACAUUUGAUUAUCUGUGUUGACUAGAAACCAGCAUCGUGUACGUCUCAGUUGGAAUUUGAAACAUCCACCUCCAGUCAUGUGACUGUCUCUUCUUACACUCGUGUCCUCAGACCCACAGACUGUCCCCAGGUUCAGGCUGCAGGGGAGGCGCUGGCCACCAGGGGGCCUGAACUCUGUUAAUCCAAACAGACAGAGCCAGCAGUUUAUUAAAUGGUAAACAUUUAGCUUAAUGAAGCGAAUAAUAAUCUCAUUAAUCUCGUAUUUAAGGGACGAGUUGAGGAUUUCUUUGUUUUUAUCAGUUUCACCAAAGAACAUGUUUUUCUUUAUGAUUUUGAUGUUUGAGUUCUGACAACAGAUCAUCUCUCGACCUGCAAAUCUCCAAAUCAAUGUUUUUAAUCUGAAUGUGAGACUCGUGAAGAAAGGAUCUUUGCACUUUGACCUCAGCGAGAUGGAGAAAUACGACUUCAUGAGUUUAAAGAUUUUAAGGAAAGAGGAUUGUGACAUUUUCAUCACAAAGCUGUGAAUCUAAAUUUAAUAUAUUUUCUUAGUGUUGAGUUUGUUUUUAUUCGAUUCUGUUCUAAAUAUUCAAUUCAAUUAAUUUAAUUUGAGUUUUAGAAUAAUUGUUUUAAAGCUAGAAUCAAAUUCACAUUGAAAAAUGUUCUGUGUGAGUCUGCCGUCCACAUGUGUGUAAUAUUAUAUUUGUGUGUUUCUUAUAUUAAGAAAAGCUAGUUUACAAGUUGACGCCACUUUAACAUGAGCUUUUUUUCACAAUACUCACAAUAAUCACAAUGAGCCGUUAAUGCAAAGCUUUAUAUUAUUGCUUUUCUAUUCUGCAGCACAAAUAUUCAAUCAAUAACAUCUAACCAGGCUCGUAGCAUCGAUACCUAAAAUAAUAAUUACUUUCACGAUUUUUAAGCCUUAACAUUAAAGGUUGUGUUUAGAUUUUACUGCACCAGAAAGUGUUGUUUUAUAUUUUAAGACUUAUUGAUCUGCAUCCUGAAGCUACUGAUCCUCCAGAUCUCUGCACACAGCGGAUAUUUCUCAUUUUGGAGAGAAUACCCUGAAUCAUAACGUAGCCUCUGCCUUAAAAGUGAUAUUUUUAAUUGUUUCCUUGUCAUGUAAAUACUUGUAAAUAUGUGAACUGCCAUUCCAGCUGUUGUGGAACCAGACGUGUCUUAUUGUACAUAAAUAAAGCUUCUGAAGUCC